UCUCUCUCUCUCUCUCUCUCCCCCCUCUAUUUUGAAAGUGCAUGAAACCGAAAGUCUUGCUGAGCCUCGUCAAACAAACAAGUCGCCUGAAACUUGGAGAGGAAAUGUUUUAGCUUCAAACCCAAACGAGCAGACAGCAGUUUGUGAGGUUAAUUUGUGUUUCAGCUGCAGUAGAAAUGGCUGAGAGGAGGAAGACCAGGAAGAGAUCCGUCUCUGAACAGCCAAUCAGUGAGCCGAGCAGUUCACAGAUGGGAGAAGCAGAGUCCUCUGGUCUAAGCGGUCUCUCUGUGAAGAGCGUACGGUCCAUAAGCCAGCCAUUAAACUUUGGUGUUAGUUCACCGUCGAUCGAGUCCAAAGCUCCAAGUGUCGUCUCUCUGAGUGAACGAUCGAUAAGCCAGCCAUUAAACUUUGGUGUUAGUUCACCGUCGAUCGAGUCCAAAGCUCCAAGUGUCGUCUCUCUGAGUGAACGAUCGAUAAGCCAGCCAUUAAACUUUGGUGUUGGAACGACAAAAAGCGCGGAGCCGUCCAACUGUUCAGUGUGUGAGGAAGUUCUGAAGGAUCCAGUGCAUUUAAACUGUGGACACAGGUCAUGCAAACAGUGUGAAGGCUCAGACAGCCCCUGCAUGUUGUGUGGGAAGAAACGCAGAACAGAUCUUGAACACCAGAGAGAUCCUGAGGAAGACUCUGGGGGCAGCCAUCUUCUGAAAGCAAAGAAGAUUCUUAAAAAGUCAAUGCAGAAGAAAUUUGCUAUGACAUAUGAAGGCGAUGGGGACAAAGAGAACUUCCUAAACAGCAUCUACACAGCACUCUUCAUCACCACUGGAGAGUGGGAAGGGCCACAUGAAGAACAUUCCUUCAGACGACAACAACAACAAACGUCUGAGCAGUCAGUCCACCUCAGUGACAUCUUCAGACAUUUUACUCACCAAGAGAUUCCCCGCAGAACAAUGCUGACGAAGGGCGUUGCAGGCAUUGGAAAAUCAUUUUCUGUGCAGAAAUUCAUUCUGGAUUGGGCAGAGGAGACAGAAAACCAGGAUAUUGAUUUUGUUUUCAUGCUUGCUUUCCGAGAGCUGAAUUUAUGUACGGAAGACAAAAGCUUGCACAAGCUCCUGAUUGAGUUUCAUCCUGCUCUUCGAAAUCUGAAAGGUUCCAAUGAUUUGGACGAAAACAAGGUUCUAGUGAUCCUGGACGGCCUGGAUGAAAGCAGACUUGAACUGGACUUUAAAAACAAGCCGGUUACAUCCGUCACUGAAGUAACAUCUGUGGGUAAUCUCCUAGCAAACCUCAUCCAGGGGAACCUUCUUCCUAAAGCUAACCUCUGGAUAACAUCCCGUCCAGCAGCAGCUUGUCAGAUCCCUGCACAAUAUGUCGACAUGGUGACGGAGAUAAGAGGGUUCAGUGACCUGCAGAAAGAAAAAUACUUCAGGAGGAAAUUUAGUGGCGACUUGAACCUUCCUAACAGGAUCAUUUCGCACAUUCGCUCCUCACAGAGUCUAGAAAUCAUGUGCCAGAUCCCGAUCUUCUGCUGGAUUUCUGCCAUAUUAUUUGAGGAGAUCUUUGGGGGAGACGAGGAAGCUCAAACUCCCCAAACUCUAACAGAGAUGAUGGCACACUUCCUGUUUGCCCAGACAAAACGCACAAACAGAAAAUAUGACAAGAAGAGUGAGAAAAACAAAGAAAGGCUUAUGAAGACACAAAAGGAAUUUCUUCUGAAACUUGGUAAGCUUGCAUUUGUUCAGCUGCAGAAGAACAACCUCAUCUUCUAUGAUGAAGACCUAACAGACUGUGGCAUUGACAUACAAGAGGCAAUCAUCUACUCUGGAUUUUGCUCCACAGUUCUUAGGGAAGAAUCCGUCUUUUCCCAGAAAAAGGUCUUCUUCUUUGUGCACCUGACCAUACAGGAGUUCUUUGCAGCUCUUUUUGUCUACGACUGUUUCAUAAACAAGAAAACAGAAGAGCUCGACAACUUCCUUGAUCUGAAGGACGAAGAACACACUUUACUUGAUCUUGUAAAGAUGACAAUUGACAAAGUAUUGGAGAAGAGGAACGGCCACCUCGACUUCUUCUUGCAAUUCCUCCUUGGCCUCCUGGUAGAACCCAACCGAAGAGUCCUCGAGGGUCUGCUGACAUCGCCGGACCAAAGCCAAGACACCGAAAAAAAAGUCUUGAUACACCUAAAAGCCCUCCGAAGAAAGGCCCUCUCUCCAGACACAUGCAUCAACCUCUUCCAGAUCAUGGUCGAGAUGAGAGACCAUAAAGUCAAAGAUGAGAUUCAGGAAUAUCUCAAAUUGUCAGAUCAUUCAAAAACAGAGCUGACUCCGCUGCAAUGCUCUGCGCUGGCCUACAUGCUGCAGGUAUCGAAGAAUGAUCUGGUUUUGUUGGACUUGAAGAGUUUCAACACAUCAGAGGAAGGCAGAAGGAGGCUGAUACCAGCUGUGAGGGUCAGCAGAGAGGCCAUACUAGCUGACUGCAAAGUGACUGAAGAGUGGGUGAAGCAUCUGUCCUUUGGUCUCAAGUUCCCCCACAUGCCUCUACGAGAUCUGGAUCUGAGCAACAAUGACCUGAAAGACUCCGGAGUAAAGCUGCUCUGUGAUGGACUGUCCAGUCAAAGCUGCAGACUCCAAAAGCUGAGGCUGUCAGGUUGUCAGGUCACAGAGAAAGGCUGUGCUGAUCUGGCCUCGGCUCUGAAGUCCAACCCCUCCCAUCUUGAAGAGCUGGACCUGAACUACAACAAUCCGGGAGACUCUGGAGCGGAGCUGAUGUCUGAGCUGAAGGGAAAUCCACAAUACAAGCUCAACGUACUCAAUCUUGAUCAUGGUGGAAGUCACCGGAUGAAAGACGGAUUCAAGAAAUAUGCCUGUGAGCUCACUUUGGACCCCAGCACAGCCCACAAGAACCUCAUUCUCUCUGAAGGGAACAGAAAGGUGACCUGGGUGAAGGCCGAGCAGCAAUAUCCCCAUGAUGAAGAAAGGUUUGAUCACCACCAACAGGUGCUGUGUGAACAGAGUCUAAAUCUGCGCAGCUACUGGGAGGUCGAGGUGUUGGAGCCCUUCACCAUCGGGUUAACGUACAGAACCAUUGGCAGGAAAGGGAAUGCGAAUGAUUGCAAGCUGGGAUGCAACAACAAGUCUUGGUGUAUUAGUUGCUCUGAUCAUGGUUGUUUUGUUAUGCAUGACAAUAAGAGUGUCAACAUAUCUUCCUUCUGCUUGCGCUCCAGCCGGCUGGGAGUGUAUCUGGAUCGUGCGGCUGGCACGCUGUCCUUCUACAAAGUUUCCUCCGUCAGUCGGACCCACCUCCAUACGUUCAAAACAAAGUUCAAUGAGCCGCUCUAUCCUGCUGUUGAACUUCACACUCAGUCUUCUGCCUUAUUUGGUAAGAUAACAUAGCUAAACUUUCACUGCAAAGAGGUAGAUAUGUGGAGGGUCGGGACAUGUCCCCUACAGUCAAGGGACUACUAGAGGUCGUCGGUUGGAGAGCGGUCUGACUCGUUCAGUCUCGUGUGAUUUGCCAUCAUGUCACUUUUCAUUCAUGUAAAUAGACAAAGCUCAACACAUGCAAAGCAUUUAGAUCAGUGUUUCUCAAACCUUUUCAGACCAAGCACCACUUAACCAAUAAAACAACACUCACGGACCACCUGACUCCCCAAACAUCCAAAAGCAAUAGUCCUGCUCACCACUCCAACAGUAUAUCACAACUGACUAAUAAUGAGCUUCAUGUGACCGUCUCUAUAUCGCUCCUUCACACAUUAAAUCAACAGACUACAUUUAUUACUGAGUGUAUGUCCGUACAGAGAACGUACCCACAGCAAGAUCGUUUGCUCUCAAAAGAUCCUGAAGGUUUCCCAAAGUAAUCCUUGUGUUUACUCUCAACAUGUCGCUUGAGCUCGGCGGGUUUCAGAGCCUCGUUCGCCAACGACUCGUAGCACAGAACACAGUGGAUUGGGAUCCUCUUCAUCUCCAGUCCAAAAAAAUCCAAAUGUGAUGUAGUCGCUGUGAUAUCUUCUCUUCACUUGAGCGCUGGACUUUCUGCGUUCAAGCCAAGUGUCACAGCUUUCAGCCGGGUGGUGGUUGGACGGCGAACCGCUCUCCUGGGACCUGUGUGGUAACGCACACAGAACCACUUGUAGCUGCUGAAUCACCUGCAUCCGGUCCGCGGACCACGACCACUCUUUGAGAAAGACUGAUUUAGAAGAAUGUCUGCGAAGUGAGACAAUACAACCAAAUACAGAAACAUGCGCCCCCGCCCUCCAGAAAGUGUUGAGGAGGGGUCUUUAAAGUUUCCAAAUCUAGCGUGAGAAAGUCGCUUACAAUGCAUGUGCACAACAUUUGCAGAAGCCUGAAAUGUAUCGCUAUGUACCUUCUGGGUGCAACUCUCAUUGAAAUGAAUGGGGCGACAUCUGGAAGCAUGGUAUCCCGUGUUCUUAAAGCCGCAGUGAAACAGAAGUCAGAGCAUCUUUAGCUUCAACGAUGUGACGGGAAAUGUGGGUAGGGUGUUCUUUACGAGAGUUACAUCAAAUCGUACAAUUUGAUAUCACUGUUUUAUGCCUUUUUCUUUUCAUUAUAGGGAUGUACAUAUGUGUUGUUUUUAAUAGUUUCAGUUAAGUUAGUGGCUGGACUAUUGUUGUGCCACUCAGAGUUCAUGUCUCACGAUGUUUAUCUGUUUCAUUUGGUCACAUUUCACGCCGGAUACAUCUGUGUGUUCAGACUCUUCAUACGCAUUAAUGAUCGUCACAAAUAGUACAUUAAGGACUCGAGCUGCUCUUUACUUUAUCUAUUCUUGGAAAGUUCUUAACACUCAACUUACAGUAACUUCGCUCUUUACUUCUACACGUUGCAAAACACUGCGUUAUUUUACUUAGUUACAUUUUAAAGGUUUCUUCUGGUCUCUUUAAACUCAUUCAAAUAUCUAUCACUUUUUUUAUUGUUGCCUUUUGUUCACUUCUAUAAAAGCAUUUUGAAAUAUUUUUACUUUAAUGUUCUUAAUUCAACAGUUUGUUGUAUUGAAGCCCUGAAAGCAGCGUUACACCAUCGCAAGUAAUAUUGUUAUCGCCAUAUUCAGCAAUAGUAUUUGUGUAGUAUAGCGCUCGUGUAGUGCAGCCCUAUAAUUCAUAUUCAGAAUGCGACUGAAUUAUGGACGUUUGAAUAAAACGCGUUCCUACCAAGAGUCAAUAUUUAUUUUAACCUUCAGCACAUUUGUUCCCCAACAUAUCCAUGUCGUUAUUCUUUUAAACAUUACGACAAAAUAACCAGUAUUUGUGUCUGAACCCAAACAAACUUUAACCAUAAUAUGAAUGAUGUUGUAACGCGUGAGCUCUCACAACAUUGGGUCAAUAUAAAAAGACAAACGUUUUAUUAAGUGUUUGUGGAGUCACAUCUACAUCUGUACAGGAUAAACAUCACGCUUUAUACUCAAAAACAUGGCGCCAUACUGCAGUAGUAACAUAAGUAGUUAUAAUGUGUGUGAAAUGGAAAAAACAACAAAAAAAACCACAUUAGCUCUAAAACAGCUUUUUUGCACUUUAAAGCUAAAAGUCGUCGCCGCUCAUUUGAAAGAUUCAUCACUGAUCUUCAGCUCGACUGAAGCUCGUUGUGUCGGUAUCAGCCUCCGUGUGUGUUGAGCCGUGUUCGCUUUGACUUCAUACGUCAUGUGUUGUGUAAAUGCUUUGCACCUGGAUAUUGUAGGUUUGUGUGGAAAUAGUUUAGGUUUGAUCAACUCGCUGUAAGAUGUCACGAUAACAUCACAUUUUAAUAUUGCUCUGGUUUUGUCUUACAUUUCAAUUGUGUGUCCUUAAUUCUGCAGGCUGUUUGUUGUGGUUGUGAUAACGAGUGUAGGGAUUGUGUUUGUGCAAAAUAAAUUCUCUGUAGAUUUGGGUGUUUCAGAUGUGUUAAAAAUGUUUUCAUAUACAGUAUAUUCAUAUAUUAUUCUUAAUAUUUCACAUCUGGUUUUCAAUGUCACAUGUAAAGGGUUCGUUUGUAAAAACAGAUAAAUGCCAUUCUUAUCAAAACAACUCCACACCAUGUUCCCUGGAGCGCACAACAACUAAAACAUGAGAACAUUUAAGAACGAUGUAUAAAAAUGGCUUCUGCUCAUUAAUUCUUCGUGUGUUGUGUCUGACUGUUGUUUUCAUGUAACCUAUCAAUAAAAAUAUACAGGAGAUGUAAA